AAUUUAUUUUAAAAUCGUGCCCUAAUUUCGGCUACAAGGUGAGAUAUUAGAUGGUGGGAUAUAUUUUCAACCCCUCCCAUUAAAACAAGUAAAGCUUUGGAGUUGGGGAUAUUAGAUCGGCUACCACUUCCUUAACCCAAGGAAACGGAAAAUAAAGGUUCAAAACUUGACAACCACAAAAGUUUGGGAUCCUACUACACUCUUUAUUGUACUAAAAAAGAAAAACCCAUCAGACAUCAGGUGAUUUCCGUUCAUAAAAAGGCCUAAUUCCCACCUCUCCUUUCCCAAAUUUCACACUUCUCAUUUCCCUCUCUUACAAUUUCUACACCCAAAAUUCAAAGAUGAAAUACCUGAAACUAUUUCUUACAAUUUUACUAGCAAUUCAACAAUGCAAUUCCUUCCUCAAAUGUGAAGCAUUCGGAAGAAGAUCAGGAGAUGGAUUCGUAAAAGUAAGAGGAACCCGUUUUGUUUUAAAUGGAUCACCUUACUAUGCAAAUGGGUUUAAUGCUUAUUGGCUCAUGUACAUGGCUUCUGACCCUUCUCAACGCUACUUAGUCUCUAAUGUCUUCCGUCAAGCUUCUUCUCAUUCCUUAUCUGUUGCCCGAACAUGGGCUUUUAACGAUGGCGGCGACCGCGCUCUCCAAAUCUCCCCUGGAUCUUACAACGAGCAUGUUUUCCAGGGGCUAGAUUUUGUGAUAGCCGAAGCGAGGAAGUAUGGAAUAAAGCUAAUCUUAAGCUUUGUAAAUAACUAUGAAAGCAUGGGAGGGAAGAAACAAUAUGUAAAUUGGGGUAGAAGUCAUGGACAGUAUCUUUCUUCAGAUGAUGAUUUCUUCAAAAACCCAGUUGUUAAGGGUUUUUACAAGAACCAUAUUACGACUGUUCUUAACAGACGUAAUACUAUAAAUGGAGUGGUAUACAAGAAUGACCCAACAAUAAUGGCGUGGGAACUUAUGAAUGAACCAAGAUGCACUUCAGAUCCUUCUGGAAGAACUAUUCAGGGCUGGAUCAGCGAGAUGGCUGCUCAUGUCAAAUCUAUAGACAGAAACCACUUACUUGAAGCUGGUUUGGAAGGGUUCUAUGGAUCAUCCCACCCUGAGAAGUUGCACCUCAAUCCAAACUUCAACAUCGGCACAGAUUUCAUUGCCAACAACCAAGUUUCCGGGAUUGAUUUUGCAACGAUCCAUGCAUAUCCCGAUCAAUGGUUGUCCAACAAGAAUGCUGAAUCUGAACUCAACUUCGUGAACAACUGGCUAACAUCCCACAUCGAGGAUGCUCAAAACAUUCUCCGAAAGCCAUUACUCUUAGCCGAGUUUGGGAAAUCAGACAAAGAUUCCGGGUUCAGUACUUACCAGAGAGAUCAGCUAUUCACAACUGUAUACAACAAGAUAUAUGCAUCGGCUAAGAGAGGAGGUGCAGCCGGAGGUGCACUGUUUUGGCAACUCAUAACUGAAGGUGUAGAAGCUUAUGGUGAUAGUUAUGCCAUUGUUCUUAGCAGGAACCCUUCAACUGCCAACGUCAUUGCCCAACAAUCCCGAAAACUAUACUUAAUCAGGAAGAUUUUUGCGAGGAUGAGGAAUGUUAGACUAUGGAAAAAGGCAAGAGAAAUACGAAACAGAAUAAAUGCUAAGAGAGUGUAAUUCCAUACUCUUCGAGAUGAAUUUGGUUCGUCCGAGGGGUUGAAGUUAUAUUAUAUAAUCAUACUACUGAGUGAUAAGUAACAGAAAAACUACAUAUAUUACGCGUAGUUUGGAUGUUCGUCCUGUGUGUAGUCGCUAGCUCGAUGCUAAGGAUAAAAAAUGAGCUUAUAUGUUAUUAGGCAGUGUUUUCUUUAGAUUGCUAUAACUUUCCUAUGGAUGGUAUCAUUAAUCAAGCAUGUUGUUUGAAUCCAGUUUACAUAGAGAGUGAUUUCUGAAAUAGUCCA